GUUGGUUCAAAAUGUGUCAACAACCACGUGAAAUCGCGAAGUUCGUCGUCGUGUAAGUUAGUUGUCUUAUCAACGUGGUUUCAUUUAUUUUCACAGUCACACAAAGUCCGCCAUGUCUUCUAGAGAUACAAAACGUAUAAACGUAGCUGCACCUGCUUCAUUGGUUCAAGAAAACCAGAUGCAGAAACAAUUUAUAGAAUUCCCAUGCUCAUCUAUUCGUCUCGGGUCAUAUAAUUUAAGUGGAUCUUCAUUUAUCGUACAGGUGUCAUCGACAGAGGUUUUGUUAAAGUCAGCCUCCAACAACCAACAAUCAGAAUUAAAUGUUGGUGCAUUUCAAUUUGAUUUGCAUUUCCCUGUCAAAGAACUGCUGGAAUUUGCAUCUCAUUUCCACCCAACUCAUCCAGUUCUUUUCUUGACAUUCAGCUCUCAGCUGUGCCAAAAUGUUUCAAAUCUGUUGAAUCUUGACCAAAAUGGACCUUACUGGAAUUCCCAGAGCAUAAAAGAGAGUGAAACAAGAAUGACUUUAAUUCCCCACACUUUAGAUGCUUCAGCCAUUAAGGAAAUCGUUUCAAUGCUGCGCAAAAAUGGCAGAAUCAGAAUCAACGAAUUAAAAGUCGCCGAGGCAACUCGACUCCUCCAGAUUUCAAUACCGUCAUCAGACGAACAAAAGUAUCUGGAUGCUUUUAAUCGUGCCAUGAAAUCAAUCCGAGUUUCCUCGUCAACAAUUCCGAAGAAAAAUGAGAUCGAAAUGCAGAUUUUUGUCAAGACAUUUUCCGGUAGGACUAUCACUCUUACAGUUGAGCCUUCAGACACAAUCGCUUGCGUGAAAGACAAAAUUCAGGAAAGGGAAGGUCUCCCGUCUGAUGAGCAAUGUCUAAUGUUUGCUGGAAAACAGAUCGGUCGGUUCGAUAGCCACACUUUGUCCGAAUUUUGCAUUCACAAGCAGUCAACCUUGGAAUUAUUGUCCCGAAAUCCUUAAAAUUGUAAAUAGCCUAUCCGAAAAGCAGCUAUUUCAAUUCCAGUUUUGAUGUUAUUAAUUAAUAUUUAAAUAAGCACGUCGUGAUUCUGAUUUGUGUUGUUGCUAUUGCUAGUAUUAGUAGAGGACAAAUUCAAUCAAAUGAUAGACCUACCGUGAUUCUGCACGAGUAUAAUUUUUUCUUACAUUUUUCUCUGUUGGACCCAGCGCUCAUUUACUGUCAGGCAAAAAGUCAAACUCUGCCAACAUAUCAAAAACAACUUGUAUGCAAAGAUUUUCUGGCUCGCCUUGAAUAAAUACCAAGAAGUUGUGACGUCAUAGUCGUUAUGGUCAAGUCGAUCAGAGUGUAUUGAAUUCUGACGACAUUAUACGUCGUUAAAAAGUAACCAGAAAUGAAUCUAAAAGGAGAAAUAAUUGAAGAAUUUGUAUGGAAAGAAGAAUAAAUGUUCAGAUCAAUCCGAAAUCUUUUGUCUGACUAUAGUCAAUUAAGUUUAUGGUAAAAUUAAGUAACAGAAAAUUGCCAUUAUAGUUUAUAACACUAAUCUCUCAGUGCAGAUAAAAGUUUAUAUGUCUUUAAUUCGUUUAUCUUGCGUUGUGAAGGUUAUUAUCUUCUUGGCAGGGGAUCUCGGCUAUCAGUCAGAGAUGAAAUCCAAUAAGUUUAACCUUGGACCAAUAGAAAUGAUCUGUGCUAGUCAUGUCGAAUGAUGAAAUCUUUAUAAAGUGUGUCGAAAGUAAUGUAAGUAUUGUUCAUGUCUAAACGUUACAUAAAAGAAAUUCCACUCAUCUCAAAUAAAAUAAAAGGCAAUAAAAAUCAAAACUGUUAUUGGAGCCUUAUUGUAUAAAUUAAUGCUGAUGAGGUUUAUCAGGUUUGACAGCCUUUUGAUUGAAUAGGUCAAAUGGAAAAGGGUUGGAAAUCAUUUAGAAAGGAUGUGGAUACGAGAUAUUCGGUGGAACAAAGGACGAACAACCUUCGCUUCGAAUUGCGUUACACUUGAGAUUUCCUGUGUUUGCAUAAUUGGCAACACGGAAGUUUUGAUUUCUUAAAAUUCCGAAUCAGCAGUUUGUUACCAGUUCACGUGCUUAUUCAUAAACGAAAUGAGGAAAAAGCAAGUCGGGAUUGAAAGAUUUUGGCGAGUUUCGAUUGAAACUGAUGGAUGAAAAGUGAAAACUCGUGUGUCCACUUGCUGCAUGACUCGGAUCUUUCCCGAAGGAUUGACGGUCACGGCCGCUAGAUGGCCAACUCUGAUCAGAAAAGGGGUGGUUGGGAGGGGAGGUUAUAAAAGGAAGCAGCACUCGAUCCAGAAGAUAAUAGUCUCAAACGAACAUUUCACAGAGUCGGAUCCAUCCAGAAUUGGAUCCUUAUGUUGGAAGUAACAGCAGAAGACGACGAUUCGAUAAGUGAAACCAAACAAACUUGGUGGUUAAGUAGUAGUGAGUAUGAUUAUUUUCGGUUCUGAAGCGUUAUCGUUAAUUGGAGAAGUCAACAAUAGUCCUCAUCAGUUAAAAGCCAUGCCAGCCCUAACAUUUUAUUCGUCGUCAAGUGAGGUGAGGGGAGGUGUUUCCAUGUCUGGAUCGUCUGAUGUUACGCCCUUGGCCACGGUCGAGCCAUUCGUCGUGAGGCUGGGGGUGGGGCCUCGGUGGUGGUCCUGAUGUGCCCCACGCCGCUAAUAAUCAAGUAGGAUCGACACCGCCAGAGGGCCUCAGUAGUAGCCACGGUGGUGUGGGGAAUAAUCACAACAAUAAACA